AAGAACAGAACAAAGAUACAUAAAAUCCGUGGCGGUCUCUCCUGUCGGCUCCAGAUAUCCAAAGAAACCCUAAAAUCAAAUCCACCCCUCUUCAUUCUCUUGAUUGGAUUCGAUUCUCACACCAACUGUUUGGAUAUACACUACGAUAUCUUGCUCUGAUCUUCUUUACAACUAUCUUUUUUGAAGCAGAUAGUUCACAGUGCUCUAUAUAUUGAAUCUCUCUCACUUCCAGGUUAUGCGUAUCUUAAGAAAUGUUGAUGAAGUAGCUUACACCGAGUUUAGUUAACUAAUUAUGGUAAGAAUAAGAUACCUGAAGCAAACUUCCAUCAGGGCUCUUUUUUCACCAAACAAUAACAUAAAUGUCAUCAACUAUUCAACCGUAGCAGCAGCUUCCGCCACCAAAGCUGUCUACUUGAACCCGUUAUAUUCAUCUAACCCAUCGCCAGUCAAACAAUUACAUGCGGAAGAUGUGGCAGCAACAUUCCAAGGAUGGUUUAAAUCUACCAGGAAUCCGUUUUAUGACCGGAUACUUCACGUUUUAUCAUCUCAUAGCAGUGUCAUAGACGGUGAAAAUGACGAUGUUGUGUCACAACGUGAAGCUCUUGAUGCGGGUUUGUCACAGUUAAAUCUCCACCUGACAGAAUCACUUGUUCUUGAUGUGCUGUACUGCGUGAAAGACGUGUUGAGUUGCUUAAAGUUCUUUGAUUGGGCGGGUCGGCAACCUGGGUUUGUCCAUACCAGAGCUACAUUUAGUGCUAUUUUCAAGAUUCUUUCGAGGGCAAAGCUAAUGUCUUUGAUGUUGGAAUAUUUGGAUAACACGGCUAAGCAUCGAGGUAGUCAUAAAACCAAUUUCCAGACCAUUUUGGUUAUGGGUUAUGCUGUGGCAGGAAAACCCGAUCUUGCCCUUCAGUUGUACGGACGGAUGCGGUACGAGGGUAUUGACUUGGAUGAUUUUGCAUACCAUGUUCUCUUAAAUGCUCUUGUAGAGGAAAGUUAUUAUGACGGCGUCGAUUCAGUUGCAAAACAGAUAAAGUUUCGCGGGUUUGAAUCAGAGGUUACUCACUCUAUAUUGGUUAAAGGUUUUUGCAAGAAAAGGGAUUUUGAUAGAGCUGAAACAUAUGUUCGUGGGGUUAUGGAUAAUGGGACCAAAUUCAAGAAUAGGGGUUAUAUUGUUGGUGCUCUUAUAGAGGGGUUAUGUAAAAAUGAUCAAUUUGAUAAGGCCGGGAAAUUAGUAGAUGAAUACGGGGAAUUUCAUGUUUAUGAUGUUUGGAUCCGAGAGCUAGUACGGGUCCGGAAAUUAGAUGGCGCCAUGAACUUCUUACAGAAGAGGAAAAAAGAUGCUCACUAUGUUCCUGAUGUUUUCCGUCACAAUGCGUUAAUAUUAAGGCUUUUGAGAGAAAACCGACUCGAGGAAGUGUGUGAUCUGAUAAUCGAGAUGAAGGAAAACAACUUACCCCCAGAUGAGCUAACUAUGAAUAUUGUUUUGUGCUUCUUUUGCAAGGCAGGAAUGGUUGAUGUUGCUGUUAGAUUAUAUGAUACAAGAGGGGAUAUCGGAUUAUCGUUAAGUAGCAUGGCAUUUAAUUGUUUAAUAAAUACCCUUUGCGGGGACGGAAGUGUUGUUGAUGCGUAUCGUGUUUUAAAGACUUCACUUGAUCAAGGGUAUUUGCCGCGUGUAACGACAUUUUCAAUCCUUGCUGAUGCUUUAUGUAAGCUUGAAAAGCUUGAAUUGAUGAGUGACUUGUUUGUUGUUGCGCUAGAGAAUAAUGUUGUAUUGACUGAUAAAGUUAUUGAAAACUACAUUAAGGUCCUUUGUAAGACUGGGAAAGUGGAACAUGGAUAUUUCGUACUUCAGGAGCUUAAUCGACUCAAUAUAGUUAUAACCAGAGGUGCUUAUAAUAGUUUGAUAGACGGGUUUAUUAAGUUGAAAAGGGGAGAUAUUGCUGCGAGAUUACUAAUCAAUAUGCAAGAAAAAGGUCACACCCCAAGCCGUCCAAUGUUCAGAGCAGUUAUUCAAAGCGUAUGUGAGAUGGAGAAUCCUGAGAGGCAAUUUCAGAAGUUAUUGGAAUUGCAAUCAUCUCUUCGCGAACUCGAUUGCGGUGUUUUCAACAUCUUUAUUGAAGGAGCUGGCCAUGCCAAAAAACCCGAUCUUGCAAGAGAAUUAUAUCGGAUGAUGAAAAAAAGCAGGAUAUCCCCUAAUGUGGUUUCUGACAUUCUAAUGUUGAAAUGUUAUCUGAAUAAUGGAAAAGUAUCUGAUGCUGUAGAUUUCUUUAAUGAUAUCUUGAAAAGAAGAAAGAUCGGGAGAAAAGUCUGCAAUGCUAUGGUAAUUGGUCUCUGCAAAUCAAAUAAACCAGACUUGGCAUUAGGAAUGUUUUUAGAAAUUAGAGAGAAAGAGAAAACAGUCAGGCCAAGUCUUGAGUGUUAUGAAGAACUUAUAUAUGUUUUAUGCAAACAUAAACGAUAUAAACACAUUGUGGAUUUAAUUAAUGACCUGAUCAGAGUCAGACGGCCCGUUUCAUCCUAUAUUGGUAACAAUUUGCUUUUACAUUCCUUAAAAGAUCGUAAGCUAUAUGACACAUGGGUUGAUUCUGGGUCUAUUGAUGAGUCAUCUCCUAUUUGGAAAAUCAGUGAGAUUGUUGGUUUGUUUUCAGACCGUUUUAGAGAUGACAUAGAUGCUAAUGACUUGGAAGAAGUAGUGGGGAAUUGUUUCCCGCUUGAUAUGUACACUUAUAAUAUGCUUUUAAGAAAAUUAAGUGUGAAACAACUAGAUGAUGCUCAUGAGUUGUUUCAGAAGCUACGUCGAAAGGGAUAUGAGCCGAAUCAGUGGACAUAUGAAACUUUGGUACAUGGAUUUCAUAGACAUGGUAAGAAAAGUGAUGCUAAAUGGUGGGUGGCAGAGAUGAUACAAAGAGGGUUUCAUCCGAGUCAGGCUACAAGAGUACUGCUUUAAAGCUGACAAUGAAGUUGCAUACAUUCAGAAACAGAUCAAGGUCUUGAUUCUACAUGAUAAAACUUCGCUAAGGAUUGGAAGAACGUCCGGACCAUUUUGGCCUCGUAGCCGUUGCAUUCUUUUGGCUAUUUACCUUUACUAUGGACCAACAAUUGUCGAUGAUUUAACCUCAGUUAGCUAGCUAGCUGAGUGGAUUGUAUGCUGUUCUAGAAGAUGGAAAGUUAUCCAAAGCUUCACUAAUAUUAAUUCAUAAGUGUAAGAUUUUCCCUGUACAUUACAUUCCUUUCAACUUAUACGGCCAUUGCCAUCGCAUGUACCUUUUGGUUUUCUUUUGCUUUGCGAAAAUAAGGAGGAAUGUAAAUGGUGGUCGGGUGCCAUUGCACAUAUUUCGACUGAUGGUCAUUCGCGAGCUUCCAAGAAACAUAGAAGCUGAACUCCAAAUUUCUCGUUGUGGCCAUUUGCAACUGUUUUGAGAACUUUAUAGACUUGAGAUGUUAUGUAAAUGUUCAAAAAAGAUUCAAUUUUGGUAACAAACAAAAAAAUCAUUGUUUGAAA